UCAACUGAACAAGAUUGGAUCUGAACAAGUAUCAAUCUCAAAUGUGUGUGUGCGCACUGAACUGCUGUGUGUGUUAGAAUGCAUAUGUAAGAAAGUGUGUACACUCUUGACGUGUGUGUUUAGCUGAGAGUGUGCGGGUGGAAAUGCUGAAGCCACCAUCAGGGCUAUUUUUGGGUCAGUGACAGCGUGUCAAUGGCUGCAGAUGUGUCGCAAAGGAAGGCUCUGAGAUACCAACAGACCCUGCUCUACGGGGAGUACAGGGAACAACUCGGUUGUUCCCAGCCACACGGCUGCUGACAGAGAGACAAUGGAGAAAGCAGAAAACAACAUGGUCAAUGCCAGACGGGGGCGUGGCCAACAACACCUUCACCAUGGAGUCAUAUGUCAGCCACACCUCCUCCACAAAGAAGCCCCGCCCCUACUCCAAAUGCCAAGACUGUGUGGCUCGUAUACAGCGGUACAUCGUGACCAAGCUGGGGGAGGACUGGAUCUUCCUGGUGCUGCUGGGCCUCACUAUGGCCCUGGUCAGCUGGAGCAUGGACUACACCAGUGCCAAGAGCUUACAAGGUACAUGA